CGUUGCCCCUGAAUCUCCAUCUUCCGAGCUCAAGGCGAAAAAAAAAAUAAACGUUCUCGAGCCUCUUCUCCGCCUUCGUCUCUGUUGCAGCCUUGUGACAGAUCAACCAAACGAGCACGAGCUGUGGGAAUAGAGAACGCCGGCUUUGGAUUGCAGCUCCAAGUGCGAAUCUAAUUGCUCCAUCAAGCUCGCGCGAUUCGGAUAACGGGGCAAAUGAAUUAGGAGAGCAACACCUAUCCUCCUCAUUAUCCGUCGUCCGGUCGAUCAUCAUCAAUCUUAGAACGCCGCGCUCCUUUCAUUUCAACUCGGCUUUCCCUUCCAGCCUGAUCGUUUAACUCACUUUUUGCUUUUGGUCUUUUCUUGUCACACCCUUUUCCUUCUAACCGUCUCGCGCCGCAUCAGUUGGACGCUGUGAGCAGGCAUUUUUACAACUUCUGCGAGAGCUGAAGGCUUUUAUCUUUUCCUGAUCCAGAAAAGAAAAGGAGAGAUAUAGGAGCUUCUCCUCACCCUAAACACCUCUACUUCAACUCCGCAUAUUCUUUUUCAAUUCAGUUUCCCUUGAUCUUCCAAGCCGCACACGCGGAACUGAUCUCGACCGAAGCUUGCUGGGCUUGUGGACGUCAAAUUAUCGCUAGGCGCAUUCCCCCAAUCUUAUCAAUUCUGUCUCGGUUGCGGUUGAAUGAUCGCACUUGGUUCCUCGGUUCAAGCCUCAGUCACUCAAUUCAGGGAAAAAAGAAACGCAACACAGGCGAACGCAUUGAAUCGCAGCAGCUCGUAUACUUAGCUAGAUUGAACCCCAGCGCAGUUCUGACACCCCAUAAUCUGCCAAGACUCUAGGUAUCAUUCCCGAUCAUUCAGGGGAACGGACCGACCUGAAAUUGCGCCAGAAGUGAGUCGGUAACGCGGGAAGCUUCUGUCGGCGAAGGAAUCUAUAUCUGAGACAACAUUAAUUCACUGGUACCCCACUUCUGGGCAAAGUACCCAUCCGUGUAACAGCCCGUCGAGUGAUUGGAAGGUGCCACCCUGAUUUUCUCCCCCAAUGUCGACCGCUUCAUCUAGACCCCAUACGCCGGGUUACCCUCAACCUCCCGCCGAACCCCUUCCUGAGAAUGGUGAUACCACCAAAGACCAAAAAAGAACCUCGUCUCUCAGCUUCCUCCGUCGCUCCAAGUCUACCGAUAUCCUAGGUGAAAGAAGAUCCUCCGGAAGCAAAAGCAAGAAAAUGGGCAAACCUCAAGCGACGGAAGAGGACAUCCGUCGCCAGCGCGAGUCCAUGGUCCGACAACCUCCCCGUCUGCCCGAUUUCGCACCUCCCCCGGUCCUCGAGACAUUCGGUGGUGAUGAACGCCGCGACACCGUCGCUGCUCUUUCCAACCAGAACUUUGCGUCGCAGCAACAGGCUCGCAGCGCCGUGAGCACCCCCGUGGCCCCCGAUUACGACCCCUAUGCGCGCACCGAGAGCAUGACACACCGUGGACGGUAUAGCUACGCAAGCAGUGCUGUGAGCACCGUCAAUAACCCCCGCAGGCUGCGUCGCCGCAAGGAUCCGACACCCUACAAUGUCCUUGUCAUCGGUGCUCGCAACUCGGGAAAGACCUCAUUCCUCAACUUCCUCAGAAACUCAUUGGCAAUGCCACCUCACAAACACCCUUCUCGCCCUCUGGACGAGUUCGAAUCCUAUCAUCGUCAGGCCCCCGCCAACGAAGGCUACUCGUCUCAUUAUCUCGAAACGGAAAUCGACGGAGAACGCGUCGGACUGACCCUGUGGGACUCGCAAGGAUUGGAAAGAAACAUUGUCGACAUCCAGCUGCGUGGUGUGGUGGGAUUCCUUGAAGGCAAAUUCGAGGAGACCCUGAGUGAGGAAAUGAAGGUGAUCCGCUCGCCUGGCGUGCGUGACACCCACAUCCAUUGUACUUUCUUGAUCCUUGAUCCGGUACGCCUGGACGAAAAUAUCGCCGCCGCCGAACGUGCCGCUCAAGGAACACCCAAGUCCACCGAUUCUCCCGUUGUCGGCAUCCUUGACGAAUACCUCGACAUCCAAGUUCUCCGCAAAGUCGUCGGUAAAACCACGGUCGUCCCGGUCAUCAGCAAAGCCGACACUAUUACAUCGACCCACAUGUCCUACCUAAGGAAGGCAGUUUGGGAUAGUUUGAAGAAGGCCAACAUCGACCCUCUCGAAGUGCUCGCCCUCGAUGAGCAAGAUGAGUAUACGUCUUCCGAGAGUGCUGAUGAAGACGAGGAGGAAGUUGAUGAGGAGGCCAAACCGACCGAGGAUUCCAGUGCUGAGCCUGCUUCAAAUGAAGAGGGUGCGGCGGUGAAACCCCCCGGAUCCCCAUCCGCUCGAAGCCAGAGUUCUCGCAAAUCAUCAGGAUCCCAGGUCGCCUCUCAACUUUUGCCGUUUACGAUACUGUCGCCUGACCCGCACUCGUUGAAAUCCAAUGACGAGCCCGUCGGUCGAAGGUUCCCCUGGGGCUUUGCUGACCCUCACAACCCUGAGCAUUGCGAUUUCCUCAAAUUGAAGGAGUCGGUGUUUAGCGAGUGGCGGGCUGAACUGCGUGAGGCCAGUCGCGUGAUCUGGUAUGAGAACUGGAGAACGAGCCGUUUGAAUCGCAAUGGCCCUAGUGCUGCCGCCGCCGCCGCUGCUCCGCAGAAGAAGACGUACAGUGGCAGAAUGGGCCCCCGCUGAAUGUAAGGGGGCUCAAGUACUGAUUCAUAUUGCGUCAUGUCAUCUUUUGCCCGUUUGGACGGCUUAUUUGAAAUUUUCCAUCCCUCUCCUUUCCCCUUUACUUCUUCAUGAAACAGAUGUCACAUCCUACUUUUCGUUUCACCUCUUGCAUCCCCAAGAUUGCGGUCUAAAAUACCAAUCCGAUUGUCGAGAUUUGAAAUGCAACAGAAAGUGAGCAUGGGUCUCUGGUUAUACGUUUUCCUUCUCCAUCAUGCAGUUUUCUUAUCUGAUUCUCACUUGAACGUGGAAUGAUCCCAGGUUCCACUCGGAACAGCUUCGGACUAUUCGGACAGCUGCUGGACUAACGACGAGAGAGAGAGCAAGAACAAUUCUUUCGAACACUGGCAUUCCGUUCGUGCGCAGUGAACCCCACCGGCAUCUUUGGAUCCUCCUUGGAUUUGAACACUGUUGUUUUACGAUUCCUCUGCAAGCUUAGUUGACAGAAGCGCCUGAGAUUUUUAUACCACCUAGCGUACUAAUUACGAUGUCACUGUCGAUGUUCCAGCGUCUCUGAUUUAGGACCGACUCGUGUUGGGUGUAUCCGAUGGGCACGGUUAUCUUCAUGUUUUCUUUUCUCUAAUCCAUCUCAUCUUGUCAUUCCUCAUGUGCGAUCUCUCUCGAGUUUCUACUUCCAUUACAUGUAUUCCUGGUCCUAUUAAAUUCUCUUUCCUUUCUGUCGGAAUAUGCCGUCUUUGUCCUGGUUGUGCCUCUAAUGACUGGUCUCGAGCCCACGUUCUAUUAUUUCUUUUCUUAGUUCCGAUUGCUUCCUAAGGAGGUUUCGGACGAUCAUGUUGUGAGCAUGGAAUCAUGUGCUGUUUUUACUUAUCAAUGAAUUUCUACAACCCAUGCGACUAUCAUUUCCCCGCAGAUCGCAACAUU